AUAUUUAUCCACAAAAUUAACCCACAAUUGAGAGGCAACAAAACAUGAGGAAUUGGAUUUUGAUUCUGUUAACUCUAGCCCCAUUGUUCACAACAUCAUCACUAGCAGAACAAUGUGGAAGACAGGCAGGGAAUGCUCUGUGCCCAAAUGGGCUGUGCUGUAGCCAGUAUGGUUGGUGUGGCUCCACCCCCGACUAUUGCUCUCCCUCUAACAAUUGCCAGAGCCAGUGCAGUGGUUCAACCCCCAGCCCCGGCGGUGGUGGUUCAACCCCUAACCCCGGCAGUGGUACAGGCAUUUCCUCCCUCAUCAGUCAAGCUCUUUUUGAUCAAAUGCUGAAAUACCGUAACGAUCCAAGAUGCCCCAGCAAUGGGUUCUAUAGUUACAACGCUUUUAUCACUGCUGCACAAUCCUUCCCGGGCUUUGCAACAACUGGUAAUGAUGAAACUCGUAAACGAGAAAUUGCUGCAUUUCUGGGACAGACUUCACAUGAGACUACAGGUGGAUGGCCUAGUGCACCAGAUGGUCCUUAUGCUUGGGGAUAUUGCUUCAUAACGGAAAAUGGCGCCUCUGGGUCUUUCUGCGAUUCUCCAUCCUGGCCGUGUCCUGCUGGUAAACAGUACUAUGGCAGAGGACCAAUACAAUUGACUCACAAUUACAACUACGGUUUAGCUGGCCAAGCAAUCGGAGCUGACCUUAUAAACAAUCCAGACUUGGUGGCAACGGACGCCGUUAUAUCCUUCAAGACAGCAAUUUGGUUCUGGAUGACACCACAGUCAAACAAGCCCUCAUGCCAUGACGUCAUCACUGGGGCAUGGACCCCAUCUGGUGCUGACACGUCAGCUGGUCGAGUCCCAGGAUACGGGGUCAUCACCAACAUUAUUAACGGUGGACUCGAGUGUGGCAUGGGUACUAAUGAUAAGGUCGCUGAUCGGAUUGGAUUCUACAGGAGGUACUGUGACCUAUUUGGAAUCGGCUAUGGGAACAAUUUGGAUUGCUACAAUCAGAGACCUUUUGCCUAAAGCCAAACAGGGGACUGGCGAAUUACCGUCCUCGUUUAAGCAUAAAUAACUGUUGUGUGUGACCCAUCAAGACCAAGAUAUGUAUUUGAUGCGAUUUAUUAUUGGAUUUGCACUAAUAAAACACCGACAAUGAAUUGAUUUCUAGUUUAUUGCCAA